GUACCGCUUACUUUCAAAUUUAAGUCAAAAAAAUGUCUGCUUUUUUUACACUGCAGUUGUACCUGGUUUUAAUUGUAUUGGGACACAGUAGUGAUUAUCUGCACUGUUCUAGCCUUACUGGCAUGUCAGAACAAAAACACUAGCCUUGCUAAAGACAUUAAAAAUACAAAGAGUUAGAUGUUUCAUAUUUGCUAGUAGUCAUGGUCAGGGGAAUUUUGUGGUAUUCAGCGAGAGUGUCGUUCACAGCGAGUGUAAUCACAAGAAGUAUUCCAAAGAAGGGUUUGUUCUUUCACCAGCAUUGUUACCCUAUUUCUUAGCAGAUCAUUGUACACUCUGGGUAAUCAUUCCUCGUUUGAAAUAAAAUUAUGUCUUGGAGCGUCUACAGCAAAACCAAGCCAUAUUUUGCAAUGCAGGGUUUUGUAGAAUGAGCAGUUUACCACCAGUCCAAUUUAUAUAACAUUUAUCAAGGGACUGAAAUACAAUUACCUAUCAUUACCUAAUAACUUGUACAUUCAAAUAUAACAAUCAGUGAAAAUAAAAACAAAUUGUAAAGGGUAUCUCGUCACUGUCCAAUACGAAUAUGAUUGUCCACAAACAAAUUAAGGGCUGGCGUGCAAAAGAAAAUUAAAUUGUAAAGCGCACUUAUAAGUUAACAUUGCCUCGACAAAGUAUUAAUAACCCCUGGAAUUUAUUCCCAUUUUGUGACCUUAAAAUCACAAACUUGAAUGUAUUUUGUUGUGAUUUUAUUUGAUAGACCGACACAAAGUAGCACAUAAUUGUGAAGUGGGAUGAAUUUGACUGGCCUGCACAGAGUCCUGACACCAACCUGAUAGAACAUCUUCAGGAUGAAUUAGAGCGCAGACAGACCAGGCAUUUUCAUCCAACAUGACUGUGUGGCCUCACAAAUGCGCUUCUGAAAGAAUGGUCAAAGAUUCCCAUCAACACACUCCCAAACGUUGUGGAUAGCCUUCCCAGAAGAGUUGAAGCUGUUGUAGCUGCAGAGGGUGGAUCGACAUAUUGAGUCCCAUGGAUUACGGAUGGUAUGUCACUUAAAUUCAUACUUCCCCUCCAAAGUAUUGGAAAGGCAAAGUCAAUUCCUUUGUUUUUGUUGUAUACUGAAGAGAUUUGGGUUUCAGAUAAAAAGAUGAAUAUGAGACAACAUUUCACCUUUUAUUUCAUGGUAUUUACAUCUAGAUCUGUUAAACAACUCAGGACAAAGCACCUUUUGUUUGAACCCACCCACUUUUCGAGUGAGCAAAUGAAUUGGAACAUGUGACUGAUUGGUGUUUCUAGGUGUUGCCUUUUAGAUUGAUUGCUUUAACAUUACAUAGUGCUUAUUUUUGGCUUUGGGUUUCACCUGUGAAAACUGUAUUUGCUGUUAAGUAAACAUGAAGACCAGAGAGCUGUCUAUGGGAGAAAAGCAAACUAUUUUGAAGCUGAGAGAAGAGGGAAAAUCAAUCAGAGCUAUUGCACAAACAUUGGACAUAACCAAUACAACAAUUUUGAAUGUCUUUAAAAAGAAAUAAACUACUGAGCAACAGACAUCGAACAGGUCGACCAAGGGUAUUAACAGCAGUUGAUGACAGAAACAUUGUGAGAGCUGUGAAGAAACACCCAAAGACAACAGUCAGUGACAUCACUGCCAACCUCCACAGGACAGGGGUGCGGUUAUCCCAAUCCGCAGUUCGAAGAAGUCUGAGAAACGAAAUAUACAGGCCAUACCACAAGAUGCAAAACACUCCUCAGCAAAAAGUAUUGGAAGGCCAGAUUGGAUUUCGCAAAGAAGUACAGAGUUGAGUCACAAAGUUUUAUGGACUGAUGAGACCAAGAUUAACCUCUACCAAAGUGAUGGAAAGGCCAAAGUAUCUGCUUAUAUCCAAAAUACACACGCUCAUCUGUGACGCAUGGUGGAGGUCAUGUCAUGGCUUGGCCUUGCAUAGCUGCUCACUAAUCUUUAUUGAUGUAACUCAUGAUGGUAGCAGUAGAAUGAAUUCGGAAGUCUACAUAACCAUUUUGUCUGGAAAUUUACAGAAAUGUGCUUCCAAACUUCAUCAUGCAACAGGACAAUGACCCCAAAACACACUGCUAACACAACAACGGACUUCAUCAGGGGGAUAAAGUGGUAGGUCUUAGACUGGCCAAGUCGGACAGUAACCCAAUAGAGCAUGCAUUUUCCCUCCUGAAGAGGAGACUGAAGGGAGAAACCCCAAGAAACAAACAAAAACAGAAAGAGGCUGCAGUAAAGGCCUGGAAAAGCAUUUCAAAUGAAGAAUGCAACAGUCUGAAGUCAAUGGGUCGCAGGCUUGAUGCAGUUAUUGCAAGUAAGGGUUAUGCCACCAAAUAUUAAACAUUACAAAUUAAUUUAAUUUCUGUUCCAAUACUUUUUCUCACUUGAAAAUGUUCUCCUUCGGAAGCAGUUGGGCAGCCAACUGCGGCCGAAGUCGAUCCCAGCGCGCAGUACUGUGUCUUUGUGAGGAGUGGUAUUGUGACUCCUCUGUGGUUGAGACUGGUCUCCUCUCACACCGGACACAAUACUCCGGUACGCGGAUUGACUAGAGUUUGGAACGCAGUAGAAAAGUACAACAAAAAACUCAAAUAAUAAAAUAUAAAACUAAAAAUAAAAUCUUGAUUUUUGUGGUAUCAUUUGUUACGAUGGAGUUUACUUGGAAAGGAGAAAAUAUUAAGAUUCACCUCGAGGGUAAAAUUAGAAUAGGAGAACAAAUUAUGGUAAUGUGGCCGUAUUUCAAGGAAACUAUGCCCGGGGAUGAGGAGGACAGGUCAAUGACGAUUAAAAAAAUGAAGGGGAUGUUGGUAGGAUGUCAGGAUGCUUCCACCUUAUGCACUUCCUUUGCAGCAAGGUCGCGUUGUGAAAGCACUUAUAGCAGAGAUAGAUAGAGGGUCAGUAGCGUUCGACAUUGUAGGUAAUCAAACUGUGGGUGGCGGGCUACCUUGCGGCCCUGCUAAUGUGCUCUCUAGUGUGGCUUCUCCCUCAAGCCCACACCUGCGGGCCCGGACAGCCGUGGGAACACGACCGGCUUGACAACACGGGAAGCCAACAUGGUGGCUUCCUAGGACAAGAGGAGACCACGCUGCUUGCCAAAGGGGUCAACCACAGUGUAUGACCCUCUGAGAAUGGAAUUGGACAGAAUUAAUUCCGGUAAUCACAAUUCAGAGUUGGAUGAUUUGCGUAAGCAGUUGGAUGCGACCAAUUUGAGGCUAGCGCAGGAGCACAAGAAGUGCGAGGCUGAAGUCAACAUGCUCUGGUCUCGGGUGAGGGAAUUGAAACAUUGGUUGGAGGAAGCAGGGUGCUCAGAAAAAGAGGCGGCUGAUGGUGAAGAGGGAAUACAGGGUCCCGAGAGGAAUUGUGAGCAGCGGAAAGAGGCGACAAAGAGGAUGAUGAGAUUCCUGGGGGGACGGUCCAGUUGGAGGAGAAGUGCUCUGGUAAGACAAGGCAAAGGAGCAAAAAACAGGAAAUUCCAGGGUUCUGCUCAUCCACAGCAACUUAUGUACACUGCUUUUAGUGUGUCUGACCGCACAUGCUUAAGUGACAAACUUCCACCCCCUACUCGGGGAGGUGCAAUUUUCAUGCAACGCUUUACGGAUGCUACACAGGGAAUGGGCGACUUGAGGGCCAUUGUGGGAACGAAGCUUACAUAUCAGGAGCUUCGGACCCUGGAAGACAUCGCUGACACCACUGAAUACCAUGAUGAUCAUCCCCGGGACGGGAGCAUUCGGGGUUAGAUCGGAGUUGCCAUGCAUGAAAUGUUUCCUCCCCCACUCUCUAACUGUUUUUCAGAUGGGCGAUGGGGAGACAGGCCUUGCUUACCUGUCACGCACCGAGACUGGACCAAGGCAUCAGGUGCUGGAGGCGAAGAGGGCAAAUUAACAGUACAUUAAGAAAGAGAAGCAACUGGUGCAACAGAAGUCCACGACUGCCGCUCCACCUGCCUCAGUCUCCCUGUGAGGCGCAGCUUUACCAAUCCGGACCACCACGCCAGACCUACCAGCGGGGGCGUGGAUGUGGAGCGAGAGAGCGCAGCCGCACGGCAACCUGGACAGACCAGACCAACUCAGCAACCCACGAUGCUCCAUCAACCUUCCAAUGCCAACCUGGCACCGCCACCUCCGGUGAGCAACAGAAAAGUAACCUUGGUCGGCUUCUCAGGGGUGCCAGAGGCUCUGCCGUUGACCCUUCCUACUCCCGUGCAGACGACAAAACUAUUUGGAAGGCCAUCAGGCCUCCCCGGAUGCCACAGGCUUGUGGCGCCAUCCUGACGGUUGUCCUGUUCCCUCGGCGGUUCGGCUCCGGGUGCUGGUGGAGGAGGCUCACGGAGUGGCGCAUCUGGACCGUGUGGAACCAGAAAAAUGGCUUCUACCCUCAGGGUGGCUCCAGAGGCACAGGGUCCGCCACCAAGUACUGGAAACCCUUCGGCAGUGUACAUCCCAAUUCCAAUGAAGUUGGGACAUUGUGUUAAACAAAUGAAAACAGAAUACAAUGAUUUGCAAAUCAUGUUCGACCGAUAUUUAAUUGAAUACAUUACAAAGACAAGAUAUUUAAUGUACAAGCCGAUAAACUUUGUUUUUAGCCAAUAAUCAUUAACUUUGAAUUUUAUGGCUGCAACAUGUUCCGUUGGCAAAAAAAGACUGAGAAAGUUGAUGAAUGCUCAUCAAACACCUGUUUGGAACAUCCCACAGGCUAAUUGGGAACAGGUGAGUGCCAUGAUUGAGUAUAAAAGGAGCUUCCCUGAAUUGCUCAGUCAUUCACACAAGCAAAGAUGGGGCGAGGUUCACCUCUUUGUGAACAAGUAUGUGAGAAAAUAGGCAAACAGUUUAAGGGCAAUGUUCCUCAACGUUCAAUUGCAAGGAAUUUAGGGAUUUCAUCAUCUACGGUCCAUAAUAUCAUCAAAAGUUUAAGAGAAUCUGGAGAAAUCCCUGCAUGUAAGCGGCAAGGCCGAAAACCAACAUUAAAUGCCCAUGACCUUCGAUCCCUCAGGCGCCACUGCAUCAAAAACCGGCAUCAAUAUGUAAAGGAUAUCAGCACAUGGGCUCAGGAACACUUCAGAAAACCAAUGUCAGUAAAUACAGUUCGGCGCUACAUCCGUAAGUGCAACUUGAAACUCUACUAUGCAAAGCAAAAGCCAUUUAUCAACAACACCCAGAAACGCCGCCGGCUUCUCUGGGCCCGAGCUCAUCUAAGAUGGACUGAUGCAAAGUGGAAAAGUGUUCUGUGGUCCGACGAGUCCACAUUUCAAAUUGUUUUGGGAUAUUGUGGACGUCGUGUCCUCCGGGCCAAAGAGGAAAAUAACCAUCCGGACUGUUAUGGACGCAAAGUUCAAAAGCCAGCAUCUGUGAUGGUAUGGGGUUGUGUUAGUGCCAAUAGAAUGGGUAACUUACACAUCUGUGAAGGCACCAUUAAUGCUGAAAGGUAGAUACAGGUUUUGGAGAAACAUGUGCUGCCAUCCAAGCAACGUCUUUUUCAUGGACGCCCCUGCUCAUUUCAGCAAGACGAUGCCAAACCACCUUCUGCACGUUACAACAGCGUGGCUUCGUAGUAAAAGAGUGCAGGUACUAGACUGGCCUGCCUGCAAUCUAGACCUGUCUCCCAUUGAAAAUGUGUGGCGCAUUAUGAAGCGUAAAAUACGACAACGGAGACCAAGGACUUUUGAACAGCUGAAGCUGUACAUCAAGCAAGAAUGGGAAAGAAUUCCACCUACAAAUCUUCAACAAUUAGUGUCCUCAGUUCCCAAACGUUUAUUGAAUGUUAUUAAAAGAAAAAGUGAUGUAACACAGUGGUGAACAUGACCCUGCCCCAGCUUUUUUGGAACAUGUUGCAGCCAUAAAAUUCUAAGCUAAUGAUUAUUUGCUAAAAACAAAGUUUAUCAGUUUGAACAUUAAUUAUCUUGUCUUUGUAGUGUACUCAAUUAAAUAUAGGUUGAACAUGAUUUGCAUUUUCUGUUUUGGUUUGUUUAACACAACAUCCCAACUUCAUUGGAAUUGGGGUUUCUAUAUAAGAUGGAAUUGGUGUGCCACGCGGUGUCCCAGAUGAGUACAAAUUGGUAGAUCAAGUGGCAGUGGGGUUUGAGUACAUUUUUGUGUGGGUGACUCCUAAUAAAAAUGUUGAUCGCAUUAAUUAUUUGCAUUACAAUCAACAGAGAAUUUUACGGCAGAUGCGGUGUUGGCGGUUCAUGGGCAGCCUUCGGCAACAUCCCUGAUGGCCUACCAGAAUCGUCUGGCACUGGACAUGCUUCUAGCGGAAAAAGGUGGGGUAUAUUCAAUGUUCAGGGACGAAUGCUGUACUUUCAUCCCGAAUAAUACAGCCCCAGAUGGCAGCCUUACGAGAGCACUGUAUGGGUUGAGGUCUCUGUCUAAGGAACUGAUGUCUCACUCUGGGGUAGACUGCUCCAUGUGGGACCAGUGGAUGACAUCCUGGUUUGGUAAAUAUAAAGGUUUGAUUACUUUGGUUGAGUCUCAAUGGCAGUGACGGUCAGCAUGUUUCUGUGCAGAUGCAGUUGCAUUCUGUGCUUGCGUUCUUUGUCAUCGGGUCAUCAUAACAGCUGGAGAAGGCAAAUUUGGUCAGCCCCCACCAUAUCAAAUGUCUUUGCCUUCUGCAGAGCCCGUAGCUUUCUUAGGAUCAGUGGGAGUGGCGGACUCUGAUACUGCUGAUGAUGCCAUAGUUUAAAGUUCGUGUCGACCUCAGAAUAUGUGGGAGGGGGACUGCCUAAUUUUUUGCGCAUACCUAUGGGUUGACCUUAGGCUAGCUGAGGUCAUAAGGGGUAAUUGUCAUAUUGUCCUUAUCUCUUGUUCAGUAUGGCUUGCUUAAAAUCAGAGGCCUUAACUAACCGUUGCAGCUGUGUGCUUGUAUAAACUUGUUUACAGGAAGCGGUCAAAGGAGAGAAGCUACAGAAUGUUCCAGUGACAGUGGGAGAGAAACAAGUCAUCACACUCUCAGACGGCUGCAAUCAACAUGAACGAAAAU